CCUUAUAAAGGAAUUGAGUUUUUUGAAACUAGAAAUAAACCUGUUACAUUAUUUGUAAUAUAUCAUUUAAUGCAUCUUGAAGCUUCAUUACAAUUAGGUAUUAUCAAACCUUCUAUUAGUCAAGAAAUAAAAUCUAAAUUUGAAUAUAAUUAUUUUAAGAUAGAAUCAUAUGUUACAAUAUUUUAUGAAGUAUAUCAAUUAGCAUUCAACAAGUUUAAAAAACAUAUUUAUCAAUAUUCUGUAUUACUCUUAUUUAAAGCAAUUUAA